GAAGCUCUGAACCCAGGAAGGCUAGGUGGCAGAACCAGAUCUCAAAACACGGGCCCAGGGCAGCCCAGGGCGCGGCCAGGGUGGGAGUUGAGGUGGUGGCAGCUGGCGCUUAGGUUUAGGUGCCGCUCAGGCUGGUAGAGUAGUCAGGACCCAGGAGGCCAUGUUGACAAAGUGCUUGUUCUUUGAGCACGCGGUGUCCUCCAUGAGAAGGUGUUGGGGUCGUUGCUGAGGUCUUUUCCGCUAAUAAAGACGUGGCGGUGGCAUUUCCUUUCAAUUGUCAGAGUGGAUGUUGCUACUUUUUGGGAAGAAGUUUAGCUGAGCGGACGGGAGGAUGGCGGAAGAAGCGGCGCAAGGCGUGGAGAAUUUGAACUUGGCAGCCGAUGGGGGAAAGAAGAACAGAAUACAAGUGUCGAACACAAAGCGACCACUCUUCUUCUAUGUCAACCUGGCAAAGAGGUUCAUGGCUCAGCAUGGGGAAGUGGAAUUGUCAGCUCUAGGCAUGGCUAUCGCUACGGUGGUCACGGUUGUUGAGAUCUUAAAGAAUAGCGGACUAGCGGUAGAAAAGCAGAUUAUCACGUCGACGGUGGACAUGAGGGACGAGUCUAGAGGGCGGCCAAUCCAGAAAGCCAAGCUUGAGAUUGUUCUCGAGAAGUCAGAGCGGUUUGAAGAGCUUAUGGCUGCUUCAGCCGGCGAAGAAGAAGGGGGAGAGGAGGAGGCUCCUGAAGAGGAGAGUUGAGAGUCACCAACGGCCCCGAACUAAAACGCAGUUGGAAAGAUAGGGCCUGCAAGAGAAGGGCACAACAGAUGAGCGGGCAUUGGGCUUCCAUCCGCGCGCAACAAUCGAUCAUGUAACUAUAACUUCUUACGCGUCGCGUUAGUUAGGGCUCGCAUAGACCUAAUUACUUCCGCGGCCUGGCUCAUGCUGAGCUGAACCGUGACUCUCAAUCUGCGGUGGACGUUGGUACUUUUGAUAAGAAUUACUGUAGACACUUGACUAUUGCCGAAACGUUGGAUUUGGAAUGAAUCUAGAAGACGGAAACACGGGACAAUGUUAGAUUUUUAGAUGCUUCGGAUUCUUCCUAUCGAAAUGCUAGGGUCACGGUGGUGUGGAUCAUAGGUGUGGCGGAGGAAGCCCACAGGACGGAUCACAAUUUUAAAGUCUUUGCUACACGUUCAUGUGCAAGCAUGUAGGAAUGGCUCCAAUCAUUUGUUUUACGAUCUUGACCAGUUGCUGUUAGAUACUUACAAUGUGCAAACA